GACCAGCGCGCCCGCAAGGCGGCCGCUCCCGCCGCGGGGGCCGCCAGCCGGGGCCGCGCCGCCUCCGCCGAGCCGCCUGCCGGGUGGCCCGCGCUGCCCGGGCCCCGCGGCUGCCGCAGCAUUCCCAGGAAGGACAGAAUGACUGAGAACAUGAAGGAGUGCUUGGCCCAGACCAAGGCAGCCGUAGGGGACAUGGUGACCGUGGUGAAGACAGAGGUCUGCUCACCACUCCGCGACCAGGAGUAUGGCCAGCCCUGCUCUAGGAGACCAGACUCCUCAGCCAUGGAAGUUGAGCCCAAGAAGCUGAAGGGGAAGCGUGACCUCAUCAUGCCCAAAAGCUUCCAGCAAGUGGACUUCUGGUUUUGUGAGUCCUGCCAGGAAUACUUUGUGGAUGAGUGCCCGAACCAUGGUCCCCCAGUGUUUGUGUCUGACACACCGGUACCCAUGGGCAUCCCAGACCGGGCGGCCCUCACCAUCCCUCAGGGCAUGGAGGUGGUAAAGGAGGCCAGUGGAGAGAAUGAUGUGCGAUGCGUAAAUGAGGGCAUCCCCAAAGGCCACAUCUUCGGCCCCUAUGAGGGGCAGAUCUCCACCCAGGACAAAUCAGCUGGCUUCUUCUCGUGGCUGAUUGUAGACAAGAAUAACCGCUAUAAGUCCAUAGACGGGUCAGAUGAGACUAGAGCCAACUGGAUGAGGUAUGUGGCCAUCUCCCGGGAGGAGAGGGAGCAGAACCUGCUGGCGUUCCAGCACAGUGAGCGCAUCUACUUUCGGGUGUGCAGGGACAUCCGGCCUGGGGAGCGGCUGCGGGUCUGGUACAGCGAGGACUACAUGAAGCGCCUGCACAGCAUGUCCCAGGAAACCAUCCACCGCAACCUGGCCAGAGGAGAGAAGAGGUUGCAAAGGGAGAAGUCUGAGCAGGCUCUGGAUAACCCAGAAGACCUGAGGGGUCCCCUUCAGCUCCCCGUGUUGAGACAGGGCAAAAGUCCCUACAAGCGUGGCUUUGAUGAGGGGGAUGUACACCCCCAGGCCAAAAAGAAGAAAAUUGACCUGAUUUUCAAAGAUGUGCUGGAGGCCUCACUGGAAUCUGCGAAGGUGGAAGCCCACCAGCUGGCACUGAGCACCUCGUUGGUCAUCAGGAAAGUCCCCAAGUACCAAGAUGACACCUACAGUCGGUGUGCAACAACCAUGACCCGCAGCAUGCAGAAUGUCAGCCGGACCCAGGGGGAAGGGGACUGGAAGAUCCCCCAGGGUGUCUGCAAGGAGCCAGGUCCAUUGGAGGAAGAAGAAGAGGAGCCUUCAUCAUUCAAGGCUGACAGUCCUGCCGAGGCCUCCCUUGCCUCUGACCCUCAUGAACUUCCUACCACCUCCUUUUGCCCUAACUGUAUUCGCUUAAAGAAGAAGGUCCGGGAACUCCAGGCAGAAUUAGACAUGCUUAAGUCUGGGAAGCUUCCUGAGCCCCCCGUGUUACCUCCACAGGUACUGGAGCUCCCAGAGUUCUCAGACCCUGCAGCCUCAGAAAGCAUGGUCUCCGGCCCUGCCAUUAUGGAAGACGAUGACCAGGAAGUUGAUUCAGCAGAUGAGUCCGUCUCCAACGAUAUGAUGACUGCCACCGAUGAGCCCUCCAAGAUGUCAUCAGCCACCGGACGGCGAAUCCGGCGCUUUAAGCAGGAGUGGCUGAAGAAGUUCUGGUUCCUGCGGUACUCCCCCACCCUCAACGAGAUGUGGUGCCAUGUCUGCCGCCAGUACACGGUGCAGUCCUCCCGCACUUCGGCCUUCAUCAUCGGCUCCAAGCAGUUUAAGAUCCACACCAUCAAGCUGCACAGCCAGAGCAAUCUGCACAAGAAGUGCCUGCAGCUGUACAAGCUGCGCAUGCACCCCGAGAAGACGGAGGAGAUGUGUCGCAACAUGACCCUGCUCUUCAACACCGCCUACCACCUGGCCCUCGAGGGCAGGCCCUACCUGGACUUCCGGCCCCUGGCAGAGCUGCUGAGGAAGUGCGAGCUCAAGGUGGUGGACCAGUAUAUGAACGAGGGGGACUGCCAAAUCCUUAUCCAUCACAUUGCGCGGGCCCUGCGGGAAGACCUGGUGGAGCGCAUCCGUCAGUCACCUUGCCUCAGCAUCAUCCUGGAUGGGCAGAGCGAUGACCUGCUGGCCGACACGGUGGCCGUCUACGUCCAGUACACCAGCAGCGAUGGGCCCCCGGCCACGGAGUUCCUAUCUCUGCAGGAGCUAGGCUUCUCCAGCACGGAGAGCUAUCUCCAGGCAUUUGACCGGGCCUUCUCAGCCUUAGGCAUCCGGCUGCAGGAUGAGAAGCCAACCGUUGGCUUGGGCAUCGAUGGGGCCAACAUCACAGCCAGUCUGCGCGCCAGCAUGUUCAUGACCAUCCGCAAGACGCUGCCCUGGCUGCUGUGCCUGCCCUUCAUGGUGCACCGGCCGCACCUGGAGAUCUUGGAUGCCAUCAGCGGGAAGGAGCUGCCCUGCCUGGAGGAGCUAGAGAACAAUCUGAAGCAGCUGCUGAGCUUCUACCGUUACUCCCCGCGCCUCCUGUGUGAGCUACGGGCCACAGCCGCCACCCUCUGCGAGGAGACAGAGUUCCUGGGGGACAUCCGGGCUGUGCGGUGGAUCAUUGGUGAGCAGAAUGUCCUCAACGCUCUCAUCAAGGACUACCUGGAGGUGGUGGCCCACCUCAAGGACGUCAGCAGCCAGACCCAGCGGGCAGAUGCGUCGGCCAUCGCCCUCGCCCUGCUGCAGUUCCUCAUGGACUACCAGUCCAUCAAGCUCAUCUACUUCCUGCUGGAUGUGAUCGCCGUGCUCUCACGCCUGGCCUACGUCUUCCAGGGCGAGUACCUGCUAGUGUCCCAGGUGGAUGACAAGAUUGAGGAGGCCAUCCAGGAGAUCAGCCGGCUAGCUGACUCCCCUGGGGAGUACCUGCAGGAGUUCGAGGAGAACUUCCGGGAAAGCUUCAAUGGGAUUUCGAUGAAGAACCUCAGGGUGGCUGAAGCCAAGUUCCAGUCCAUCAGGGAAAAGAUCUGCCAGAAGACCCAGGUCAUCCUGGCUCAGAGGUUCGAUUCCCGCAGCCGGGUCUUUGUGAAGGCCUGCCAGGUGUUUGACCUGGCUGCCUGGCCCAGGAGCAGCGAGGAGCUCCUGAGCUAUGGCAAGGAGGACAUGGUGCAAAUAUUCGACCACCUGGAGGCCAUCCCGACCUUUUCCCGGGACCUCUGCAGGGAGGGGCUGGACCCUCGAGGGAGUCUGUUGAUGGAGUGGCGAGAACUCAAGGCGGAUUACUACACAAAAAAUGGCUUCAAAGACCUGAUCAGCCACAUUUGCAAAUAUAAGCAGAGGUUUCCGCUUUUGAACAAGAUCAUCCAGGUUCUCAAAGUCCUUCCCACUUCCACUGCUUGCUGUGAGAAGGGCCGCAAUGCCCUCCAGCGAGUUCGCAAAAACCAUCGCUCCCGCCUGACCCUGGAGCAGCUCAGCGACCUGUUGACAAUCGCUAUAAAUGGACCUCCGAUCGCCAACUUUGAUGCCAAGCGAGCCCUGGACAGUUGGUUCGAGGAGAAGUCUGGCAACAGUUACACCCUGUCUGCCGAGGUCCUCAGCAGGGUGUCUGCGCUGGAGCAGAAGCCAGUGCUACAGACCGUGGACCAUGGGACAGAGUUUUACCCUGACAUUUAGAGGGCCGGCGCUGCAAACAAAGUUCACUAAGCUGUUGAAUAUUUUUUUAAAUCUAUACUCAUAAGCUUUGAUAUAUUAUAUAAAUAUAUAUUAUAUUAUAUUAUAUAUAUAAACCCACACUGAAAAUUUUUAAAAAACCAAGGUGACGUGUCCACCAGAAGCCACUGGGAGCUUUCAGAAAGGAAUAAUGUCAGAAACUGACUUGUCUACAAAAUUCGGCAGCUGCGACAUGUGUGGCAACUCAUUUUCACUCACGGAAGCGUGUGCUGGGGCCACCUGUGCGCCCACCUAACAGUCUACCAACAGCAUAAGCUAAAAUGACAGGUCUCUGUCGUCACCGUUAGGUAGCUUGUUUGUUUAUGUUUUCAUUUGGGGAUUGAGGGGCCUUGGGUCUGGGUUUGGGUUUAUGUUCUUGCCUUUUAUUUCUGUGUGUGGUUUUAUGGGGGGGAGGUCUCAUAGACGAUCUUGCCCAGCUGAAUCUGAUCUCUGGUUUCAGACAGGGUGGGCUACGUAUCUGGAUUGGGGUGUUUGAUCUUUCUCCCUCAUCCUGACUUCAGUUUGAGAGAUUUUUAUUCAUUUCCUAUUGAGGCUUCCUUCACUGUUGUAGAAACAAAAGUGUCAGUCAAAUUGUGAUACCACCAUUCCUCACCUCUGUUGUCUCUCCGCCUAGUCUCAGAUCGUGGAUUUCCUCCUUCUAGCCCCUGGAUACUCAGAUGCAUCUGUUAUCCUGAAGGCAACACUGCCUUCCAGCCGAGCUUGAAAUUCUUGGGAAGAAAGAAGUAGUGAGCUUUUUGCAUUCCUAUUUUUAUGUAGUGGAAGAUAAAAUAAUCUAAUGCCAUUCAGAUCCAGGGCUGUUGGGGAGACAAGAGCCAAGAAGUCCAGACCCCCAAUAGGGCAGUGAUUUUUUGGCUAAAAGCAAGGAAAAUGAAAGGUAUAUAUUCAAUUUACAUGAAUUAUUUAUACUUUGUCUUUAUAAUAAUAUCAUGUGUUAGAGAUUUUUUUUUCCUUGAAUAAUUGAGAAAUACCUGCUAUAGUUCAGUGGCAAGAGAUAUCAAUGCAAGUUGUGCCAGCGAGAGUCUCUAGAGAUGUGGUCCGUCUUUUUCAACCAGGUGAUAACAUGCUCCACAGCCUGGUGGGAAGGUCAUGGGAAACCAGGGAAUGUGUCUAUGCCUGUGAACUCUUCCUUUUUGAACAGGGUAGAGAUGUCCUUAGGAAAAGGAAAAACCAAGAAGACAGGACUCUCAAGGCAUCAGCCUACACACACACACACACACACACACACACACACAACCACAGAUAUAAGCUUUAGAAAUAGCCACUUGCCUACUCCCUGGGGCAAGUAGUGGUUUAAGCUAGAGGAGUCUGAUCAAUGCUCUUUGUUCAUUUAACUACCAGUAUACCUCGCAGGGGAGUUUUAAAAAAAUGUGCGUGAGCUGUUUAAAACUUCUGUUGGUGUUUCUACAUCUGAUUUAUGCAUAUUUUAUAUGCAGAGAUCCUAUAGCAUGCAUGCAGGUCAUAUCUAGGGGAGGGAGGAAGGUCUGAAUUAUGUACAUGUGGUCAGUUCUGCUGAGAGCUGCCCCUCUCUGUUAGCAGAGGUUGGGGCGAUCUGGCCACAGGCAAGACCCAAGUGUCCUCAACCUGCAUGGCUCGGAUAUUAUAAAACUGUGGUGGCUUCCUUCCUUCUUGGUUUAUCUUGUCUCUGAGGCCUCAUGCCACCAUUGAGAACCAUAGUGGAACUGUCAUCAACACUGAACAUGUUAUUGCCCCUUCCUGGUCCCACAGUCCCUUCAUCCUCCUCAAAUCCCUUCCCUCUCGCCCCCAUGGUCUUGGUGCUAAGAUAACUUUAGAAUCAUUGCUGCUAGUCAAUAGCUUUUCAUUAUAUACAUAUAUUAUAUAUAUUAUAUAUUAUUUUUUGAAACAUUUUUGUUUGUUUUCAACAGUGAUGUAGCAUGUUUUAAAAAACACAAAACAAAAAAAGCCCUGGGUUCCUCCAAUUGUCCCACUGCCAGGCCUCAUAUGCUGCCUUCUUCAACAAAUCAAUGCACCCCUGCCUGGCGACAUUCACUCCGUCCCCCCCCCCCCCAGAGUUGCACACUUACUUCCCCACCUUCCUCUGAGCAAGAAGAGAGUUCGCCAGAACUAGCAAGGAAAGACCAAAAGCCCCUUUCCAAAGCUUUGAAAUCCCCAGUCCUGCUCCACUUGUCCACUUUAAGCUGAUUCUCCUCCAGCUGCCCCUCCCAUCUGGGUCAAAGUCUGACUGUGGUCAAGUGAGGUGCUGUUGCAAAGCACAAGGCCCCACCUUGCCAAGCCCCAGCCUCAGGACUUCUGUCCUCUAGCACACAAACUACCGUGGCUGGAGAGUUUCACUGAACAUCACAGACUAAGCUGGGUUGAGGGUAUAGACGGCUGGGCCUUGGUGAGGGGCAGAAACAGUAGGUUGGGAUCCUUUCUUCUAGCCAACAGUUGCCUUACACCUCUUCCUUCCCUCUCUGCUCCUCCCUACCCAUUACACUGGGACUCUCUACCAAGGGGGUCAUCCCCUCGACCACUCAUUUGAAAACCAGGAAGAGAGAAACAGCAUCCGCCUGGGCACCUUGUCAGGGCUGCAACUGUUUUCCUCUCAAGCUGUGGCCAAAAUGAGCCCAAAUCUUCAGCUAGAGGGAAAACAAUCCUUUGGGCCAAUGCCAGUGCCUACUCUGUAUUUCCUGAGAAAGCCAGGGGCAGGUGACCUGCCUCUGGGCCCAGCCGAGUGAGCUGCGACCAGCAGCACAUGGCUGCAGGGUCACCUCCUGGGCCAGCCUCUAGGCCUCAGAGGAGGAGCUCAGUUCUCAGGCGGUCUUGAAGGUCAGCAGGGUACCUCUUAAAACUCUGGGUGCUCAUGGCUUCUGCUGCAUUCAGCUAUGCCAGGGCUGUGGCCCACACUCUGUAGGCCACUUUGCCUUGGGACGGGGAGUAACCAGGGAACAAACUGGGUAAUACACCACUGCAAUUUACACAGGGUCUUUUCUCAGCCUGCAUGCUCCCAAGGAGGCUCAGUGCAUCUGUCCUGUGAAUUCUGCAUGUGAUUACUCGUGACUUCUGUCGUGGGUAUUUGGGGCUGAUGGGAUGUUUGGGGUUUGUCUAGUGUCAUGAACAGGCAGCAUGAGCAUCCCAAAUGACAGAACCCCUUAACUUAGCCCCUGGCCCAGGAGUAACAGCCAUAGGCUUAGAAUGAAAUGUGUCUCCCAGGCUGAGACUUGUCAUAAUUGGGCUAUCUGAUUAGUGAUUCUCUUUGGCUCAUGAAGUGGGUGGGAAGUGAGAUCAACUUUGAGGCCCAGCUUUGUGGCCACCUGUGCCAGGCAUAUACAUGGCAGAGCCUGGGAGCCACAGUCCUUGGGAUUACAAUGAUCUGCUCUUCCUUCAUGGAGGGAAAAAAAAAAGACGCACUGCCAUCCAGUAUUUGUAAAAAAUACGGGCAGCCCAGCCCUGUCUGCAAAUCUUGCCAUGUCAGAGUCCAAUUUUGCCAGCCUGGUUGAACAUGAGAGUCGAGGCAUCAUUUUUGUUUAAAUGACUGCCUGCGACCUCCUCACUUCCCCCUGCUCAUUUGGCAAUGAGACAGGCUCGAACUCCUGGAAGGUGGGUUUCCGUGCUGGGCACUUUAGGGGUUUCUGACCUUUAUGCCUGCUACAUGUUACCAAGUUGAGUUGUGCUGCUGAGACCCCUCACCUUGACUUGCUUCUGCCAAGCCUCUGAUUUGGAGAAAGGACCUUGUAAUUACUUAAGAUAAUAUUGAAAUAACCUUCCAUUUGUUUGGAGGUGGUGUCAAGAAAGAGAAAACAAAAAACAGCAUCAGGAGGCUGAAAAGGACAGUGGGGAAUCUGCAGUGGACUACCUGGAGCCCAGUGGGGCCCAGGGGGAGGCCUUAGGGGUUGAAAUAUAACUUCUCUUCUCUAUAGCCCCCUUUCAUAGUUUCUCCUACCCCCUCUAGGAGCAGAAAUUCUGAAUCUAGAUCUGCUUUGGGCUUAUGAUCUAGGUUGAUUUACAAGUAGAAUUCUUGCUUUUUGCAUCCAACUAUGCAUCCAACUUUGGCAGAAGGCACCAAACUCAUAUGCUCUCAUCCCUUUGAGAGAGCAGGUCUAGCCAGGCCAGGCUGGAGGGGCCUCCUUAAACAAGAAAGGGGUUUUCAGAGAGCAGUGGAGCAUGGUAUGCCUACUCUAGACAUCAGUCUCCUGGGAAGGUGGUGCUGUGUCCUGCGUUUCUGUCCAGCCCUCUGCUUGGAGGGAGGCCCGUCUUGUGCAGUCUGUGGUUUGGGAUGGUUUUGCUGAGUGGAUGGAGCUAUGAUAUUUUAGGGAGCCUUUGAGGCAAUCUUUGCAUGUUAGCCAGAGGGAGAAAAAGUGCCCUUUUGGGAGGAAAAUGGUACACCCUCCUCUUCCAUCUGGCACUCCCUUCCCCCUGCCCCCUCAAGUGGCAUCACCCUGGGAAUACCUAUGCAAUCCAGUCUCCCUAGGAGAGUGCAUGGAGCAGAGGUAUGUGCCGUGUAUAAUACAGAUGCUACCGCAGUUAUGUUGUAUAUAUGGACAUAUACAGUACCUAUACACACAGAGUAAGAGUAAAUCACGUCUAUAUAUCUAUAAAUAAUAUCCUAUAUAUUUAUACAUUUCUAUGUUUUAAAUAGAUAUAAAAAUAGAGUCUAUAGAGCUGGGGGGAGCAGGGCAGGAGGCAGGGCCUUUGGAGCCCGGAGACGGGAAGCUCAGCCAGCAGGGUUUGCUGGCCAGGGAGCCUCCUACCAGAGUGCUGGAGAGCAGAGUUACGGGGCCGGCCGUCUCCAAGCACUUUCUCUCCUUUUCCACAGGCUUGGGCUGAGGUUAGGAGUUAUCCCCUGAGCUGCAGAAGUGGCCGGUCCUUCCUUCCCUCCCACCACCCUCCGCCAGCGCAAGGUGGUCACUGCUGCUUGGCAGUAGAGCGUAGUCUCUGACCCCUGGUGGAGGGGCAACCGCACAACCCUCAAUACCCUCCCGCACCAAAAAGAAGCAGCGUAGGUAGCAACAGGAAAGGUGCAAAUUGGAUCAGGAGCGGUCCAGGAAAGAUGUCGCCCCCACCCCCACCCCGAGGCGCGUCUGCUGCCCUCUAGAGGCCGGGCCUCUGAAGUGCAGCCGCGCUGGCCUCCCUCACCCGCUCAACCACUGUCUGCCCAGGCAGGGGGAGAGGACUGGGCAGCAUGAGCAUUAACCCGGCAGCUCGGCCCACUGCUCAGAGUCUUUCCGACCAGGACAGGGGCAUCAGCUAACAGGGAAGGGUGGGAGAGACAUAUCCGCACACUCACAAAUUUAGUGGAACUCAAAGUUCAGAAGCAGGGCCUUGGCCCAGCCUGCUCCGCGCAGCCGCCGCGGCUGCUGGCUGUACUCAGGACCACGAUGCUCCCCUCCUCCCGCGCGGGGGGCCCUGGCCCCUCACCCCACCGCCGUGGAGUGGGCAGGUUUAGUUCACGUACACUGUUCGGAUUCUGUGACUCAAGUUAGCGGUUGAGCCGGGACGCUCAAGGCCCACCCGCCUGUGUUGGGAAGGUCGCCUUCUUUGCCAAGUCCCCAGCUCCCACCCCGAGCCAGGCUGGGAUGUCUGGGGGCCGGAGCGGGCACCGACCGGUGCAGCUGGCAUCACGACGGAGGGCUUCUGCAGCCCUGACCUGAGGCCGAAGCUCAUUUGCUUCCAGUUUUUUCUCUAUGGUUGUUUUCCUCCCGAGGUAAAAGAUAGGGCAAGCCGGGGCUGUGGAUGACGGAGAGCGAGAGGGCAGCUGUACGCUCUGCUCUCCAGACCAGCCUGCAGCCUGCCACACUUACGUCCAUUUCGAGCCUCCUCCCACCACUUCCACCUCUUCCCCACCAUUCUACCAACGUACCUCAGUCUCCAGCAGACCCGACCUGGACCUACGGUCCAGAGGGGGUCUGUCUGCCAUCGCCCACCUCCUUGAGCCACAGCUAGCUGCCAAUCGGGUCUGGAACACCCUCCAGUGCCUGACUCAAGAGAGACCAGGCCCUGCCGAGCCUUCCCCCACUGCGGUGGACCAGACCCACGGCCAGGGGAUGGGCAUCCCCAGGUAGCAAUCCCACAAUGCACUGUACCUCAGAGAGAGCGUGCCAGGGGCACCCAGGGACUGGACCCUCCGUCCAGAGGAGGACAGCCGGUUACACACUGCUCACCAAAAGACAAAGGCCAGGCUGCCCUCGGGCACCCCUCAGUCUUUACUUUUGUCUCUCCAUAAGAACCAGCAGUCUGAUUCCGUCUUUUUCAGCCCCUGCCUCUCUCCUCUCCACCCCCACGCUGCUGAACCGUUUUCAUUUCAAUCACAAAGGAAAAAUAAAGUGGGGGUGGGGGAAAAACCUAGGAGUCAAUUAUCACAUACAUAUUAAUAUGUUAAUACUUUCUUUCUUAAAAAAAAACCUCUUGAUGUUAUUAUUAUUUUGCAGACUACGCUUUAUAGUACCUGUGUGAUGGGACCUAGAACACUGGAUACAAAUAGAGCUAUGUUGGUUUAUCAUCAUAUGUACGCAGAAACUUUCCUUUUGUCAUAUUAUCCUUGUAAUGUAAGAAGAUUGUUAAUAAAAGCAUUUAAAUUUGCUCAC